AUGCACCAGGUUCAUAUAAGCGACCGAUGGUCGAAAUCAAAGAUCAAAUACCUUCAGAUGGCAUUGUUUAAUGGCGUGGGGAUCGAGACGUGGGAAAACGUAUGGGGGAUAUGGAAUCAAAUGACUGAUCGGGACUGUCAGGCCACCAAAAUGGUUGCAAAUAUAAUGAGAGAGUUUGCGCCAUUACUCACGAGUGACUUGUGGACACCGUUUUAUAAAACUGAGCAAGAUACAAAUUUGAUAUUUGCGAGUCAAUGGCCGGGAACGGCAAAUACAAGCCUGACUUUGUGGACAUUAAUUAAUCGCUCGGAUAAAGACAGUAAUGGAUCGCAAUUAGAGGUGAAACACAACGACAAUCAU